AUGUGCGCUACUACACUAGCAAAUUCCGAAGUUGAGCGCGGUUUCGUUGACUUACCAAAGCGUACGAUCAUGGUUAUAUUCGCAGUAUGGACGAUUUGGUUGGCUUUUGUUGUGCAUGAGCAUGGUCACUUUCCUUUCAACUCCUCGAAUUCGCAGAAAGUUCAAAUACCAUUUAUUGGUUCUCAGUCUACCUUGGAAGCGGCUCCACCGCAGUGGCAAAUGUGGAGCGAGCGAACAUUCAAAUGGUGGCCCGCGCUGUUCGCCGAAUUCAACAUGAGUUUGACUGGUAGCUACAUCACUUUCUUACCACCUAUCAUAUUAAAAACAACGGUUAAUGCGUCUGACCCUCUUCUCUACCCCAAAUUGUCGAUGAGUGGUUCUCAUUCUAAACCGAUGCAGCCUCAGCUGGAGUCCGACAGCCGUAGCGCACUCAAAUCUCGUAUUUCAUGGCUGGAAGCGCAACUGCGAUUUUACUUGGCGGUGGUUUGGUUAAUGUUGUUGAUGUGCGUGAUCGCCUUCAUUUUGUAUGUGUGUUUCUGGGGACGUUGGCGAACCGAUCGCAUUCGGAAGAAGGAGGCUGCCUUAGUGUCUCCGAAAUCCGCUUCACCUCGUGGUAGCAUUAUCGAGACAAGUGGUGCCUCGAAAUCGAUGGUGGAAUCGCUGCCGAUAGUAUUCUCUGGACAUCGUUUUCCGAUCGAAAGCUGUGCCAUGUGCAACCAAUCACGGCUCAUUACCUGCUGUCAAGAAGGGAAGGUCUGCCUGUGGAAUAUAGAAUCUGGUAAGAUU